AUGCAGAUAUCUCAAAGCAACAGACAUCUUAUCUUCAUAAUACUUUGGUAUUCCUUCCUUUUUUGUUAUCAGUACACGGAAGCUUGCAAUCUGCAAGACCAACAAUCCCUUCUCGCCUUUUCUGAACCUCUUACAUCUCCUUUGGGUCCACUGAAAUGGAGCACUUCCUCUGAUUGCUGCUCCUCUUGGGAAGGAAUUGGUUGUGAUGACAAUGGCAGGAUCACGCGUUUGUGGAUUCCUGGUAGAGAAUUGACAGGCUACAUAUCAUCUUCGCUAGGGAACCUUACAAGUCUCUCUCAGCUUAACAUUUCUUAUAAUUUCCUAACUGGUGUUCUCCCUGCAGGAGUUUUUAGUUCAUUAAGUAGCCUUGACAUCGUUGACAUAAGCUCAAAUCGUUUGAGAGGUAAUCUCUCAGCUUCCUUACCUUUGGGAUCGAAUCUGACAAGUUUUAAUGCUAGCAACAAUGAGUUAACUGGUCAUUUUCCUUCAUCCAUAUGUAAAACUUCACCUUUACUUAAAACUCUUGAUUUCUCUCGUAACUUUUUCAAUGGAGAAAUUCCUGUUGGAUUAGGCAGAUGCUCCAACCUUGAAGUUUUUCGAGCAGAUUGCAAUUAUCUGUCUGGAGAACUCCCUGGUGAUAUUUACAGCUUGCAGUCACUUGUGGUACUGUCACUGGCUGCAAACAAUAUAAGUGGAACUAUACAAGGCAUACUGAGCCUUACCAACCUCAAGAUUAUUGAGUUGUAUGGGAAUUACUUUACUGGGGAAAUACCUCAGGAUAUCGCGAAGCUCUCUAAAUUAGAGCAACUGCUUCUUCACCUCAACAAUUUCAGUGGUUCAAUACCAGCAUCCUUGAUGAACUGCACACAACUCAUAAAGCUUACUUUACGAGGAUAUAAUCUACAAGGUUACACCUCUGCACUUGAUUUCUCAAGACUUGUCCAGCUCCAAAUACUUGACAUCGGGCACAAUAACUUCACUGGAAAUUUACCACAGAGCUUAUUCUCUUGCAAGUCACUAACUGCAAUAGGUGUAGCAAGUAACAGGUUAAGUGGUGAAAUUUCUCCCAACAUAGUGGAGCUGAAAUCUCUUUCUUUCCUCUGUCUCUCGGGCAACAAGUUCAUUAACGUCUUUGAUACAAUCAGAAUUCUGUUAGGUUGUAAGAAUCUUGAGACCUUAAUCCUAUCAAAUAAUUACUAUGAUGAAACUUUACCUGCUGAAAAGAGCUUCAUAGGGCCAGCUGAAUUCACUAACCUGCAAGUUCUUGCUCUCGGAGGAUGCAACUUCAGAGGGCGAUUUCCAGAAUGGCUGUUGCAUAUCAAGAGCCUAGGAGUUCUGGACCUGUCAUACAAUCAGAUAACAGGUAGAAUUCCAGAUUGGUUUGGUACUUUGCCAAGCCUCUUCUACUUGGACUUGUCAGUGAAUCGUCUUUCAGGAGAAUUUGCGCUGCCACUCAACAGUUUUCCAGCAUUAAAAUCAGAGGGGUCUGCUCACAAAUUGAGCCAAAGUAACCUCAAGCUCCCAGUAUUUAUUGCUGCCAACAACACCACAAGACAGCAAUACAAUGAGCUCUCAGUCCUAUUUUCCAUGAAACCAAACAAUGGAAAUGGAUUUUCCAUUGUAAAAGGUUUUCAAUGGAAAACCAAUUUCAUUUGA